CCCCCCUCAUUCCUUUUCACUCUACACUCCCCUUCGCAAUCUCUCUCUUCCUCGUAAUGAAAUAAAAUAAGUUUGGCCACAGGUGACGUUGUUUUGAAGCGAGCGGUGAAACGUGCCACGAGGCGCGCCGCCCGGGUUCCCUCCUGGCUGGCGCUGGUGUAAAGUUUGCUUUGAUGCUCGUCUUGUUUGAGUGUUUGUGAUUCGCUCAGUUCAUUUGGGCUCUUGUUUCUGGCAGGAUGCCUUUUCCCACAAACUGUGGCGCAAUCAUUAGGUUGUCAUCCCAAUCGGGAGUUUCAUUUGAAAUCGAUGGAAGCUGCCUCCCCGUUUCUGUGGAGCGUUCGUUUUGGAUGGAGUCUGGUGGAAGUAUCCAAGAUAUUAAAAAUAACCGAAAUCCACUUGACGCCGCCAUCUAUCAACAUAUUUAUCCACAACAUCGCUCGAGCUGCAGGAUUUGAAAGAAACAGAUGGCCACUCUAGUUAGUCAACUCUUCAUUUACCUAAUUUGCGCUUUGUGCUCAAUGAACUGGUGUCAUGUUAUAAUUAGCAGCCUCACAGGGGGCCUCUGCUCUUUUAACUCCCUUUCUCACCCUCUUCCCCUUUUCUCCACCCUUCCUCCCAGGUCCAGAUAGAAGCUGUGGAGAACGAGGAGAAACGCUACGCCCUCUUCCUGGAGCUGCUGGAAGCUGCGGAAAAGUGGGAGGACCUUCAGCCGCUCGCCCUCCUGUUACAAGCAUGGCCACCGAUGUUGAACGAGGAAGUGGCAGAGUCGGAGCGUAACCCCUGGGUGGCGCUGACCUCGGCCCUGCUGACCCACCGCCAGGCGCCAGAGUGCAAAUUAGACCCGGGUCAGCAGGUCGUCGGCAUGGUGCGGUCCAUCUACAACACCAAACACCAGCUGCCUGCGCAGUGCAUCAGAUAUAUAGCCACCCUGCUGCUCCAAGACCGGCAGAGCCUCCUGCAGCCUGCACUCAAGCUGAUGGCCGAGAGCGGCGAUGAGCAACUCCUGCAGCAGACUCUGGAUCAGAUCAACAGCAUGGAUGCAGCGACGGCCGCCUCCUGCGACGGCGAACUCCUCUCGCUGCUGCUGGACGCCGGGCUCCUGGUGGGCUGCGUCUCCUCGGCGCUCUACCCCCCGCUGAGCGCCCACAUGCUGGCCCACCAGCAGGAGGGGGGCUGGGACGUCGGGAAAGCCGCCGCCGAGCUGCUGGCGGCGGGCCACGGGCCCGAGGCCGGCUCCCUGCUGCUGGCGCACCGCGGCACCCACCCGGCCCAGUUCACCUUCAACACCGCCCUGGCCGUGCUCAAGAAGUGGCUGUGAGGAAGGGGGAGGGAGGAGGGAGGGGGGGGGGGGGUUUAGGGAGCGCGAGUCGGGUUGAAGUGUUCAAAGAGGAGUUCGGACUCUUCGACGUGAGAAUGUUAGUCAAGUCAGAUCCGUGCGUUUGGUCCUGUAACUCAUCAAAUGGUCCACAGCAGCUGCUGUCUCUGCCGUGAAGAACGGAUGCCUUUCAAUUCCAAAUAAUCUGCUCGAUUAGAAACGCGCGCACACACAUGAAUACAGCGACAUGCCUGGGGGCUAAUCAGAAAAGGCACUUUCUGGCUGCGUUUGUGUGUGUGUGUGUCCUAUUGUGUGGUGAAUUAAUUGAGCAGUAGCAGGGAAGCAGUGGGUGGAUAUUAGCCUAUUGUUCCGUGACAGGUUUGCCUCUUUGACGUCCCCCCGUUAAACACCCUGCCUCCGCUCCAUUGUUUUCCCCCCCUAAUAAUGUCUAAUUAAUUCUUCCUCAACAAAUUAGCCCCUCAGCUGCCCCGCGCUGUGUGUUUGUCUGUGUUUGUGCAUUUCUAUGUGCACGUGCAAAUGUAUGCAGGCUGCGGCGAUCUAAAUUAUGGCUAAUGAUGAUGAGGAAUAAACAUGCACAUGUGUUUAUAUACUCAUUGCUGCUGUCAGCACAGUGUGUUUGUGUGCAUGUUUUAUUGUGUCACACCUUUUAAGAUCUGAAAUAAAGAAUAAAUCAUGACAAUGAGUUUGUUUGCUAUUUAAAAAAAUAUAAUGUAUAUAUUUAUUAUAAUUUGAAAAGUACACAACUGGGUAACAUCUAGGUUUUUGCAUUUAUUUCAAUAAACGUCUUUGGUGUUUGGUUGUUUUCUUUUGAGUUAAAGGCAAAAAACAUUUCAUUUGAUUCUUCUUUAUAAUGAAUGCAUUCAAGUGUUUUUCAGCUGAGUUCAAAACUUAAAAUAAUGCAGUUGUGUCGACUGACGUUCCUCACAGCAGUUUACUUUUGUAUGUGCUGUAAACAAUAAACCUGCCCUAUCAAAAUUUAAAAAGUCCUUUUUCCAAUGGGGUAUGAACAAUAUUUUCUCUUAGAGAUAUUUUAGGUCUACCACACAGUAUUUGGUGCUUCAGCGGACCUCUUUGAGGAAGAUGUUGAUUAGACAAUGUUAUAACCACAUAAUAAUCAUUCUCAUGUGAUUGCCGGUCUGCACACUGGUACGAGAUGCAUGUCUUUUUGCAUCGGUAGCUGCAGCACUAGUUCCAAAAGUAGCUAAAAGUUGCCCGGUGACAUCGUACUCUCAUUUGCAUAGGGGCGACAUUAUCGUGCACAGAGUUGCAUGAAGCUUCGUUGCACGAGCAGAGCAAGGAAACCAGACCUCAUCUCUUUAAAACUGACUUCAACAUAACUGGGGGUGUAACAUUUACAUAACCAAAUCUUACACCCCCAACCGAGGAAACGAGCUGACCAAAGGAGAACUUGUUUGCCCCAAGUGAAACGAUAAACGUGACGAUUUGUUUCAGAAGUUGAUGCACUAAUGUGUGCAAUGUGCUUCAGUGAAGCACCAAGGCGAAGCUCCUUGUAAAGUAUCGCUAACGGUUCUACCUGUUCAGGCAGUGAAAAACACACCAUGUUUUCAUAUUUGCUCUUUAACUUUCUCCUGCUGUUCGCAACCCUGUCAUUUUAUCAAUUAAACUUCUCAAUGAUU